GCCCGGCCCCGCGCAACCUGCCCUCUACACCGCGGCCAAUGGGGCGAGAGGGCGGGGAGCAGCGGCGGGAGCUGCCCCGGCCGCCUCCGCCCUCUGCGACGAAACUCGGCGGGAGCGCCACGGCGAGUUAGACGGCCCCGCGACCCGCACCGCACCGCCGCGCCGGCCGGCGGGAGGCGAUGAGCGGCGGCCACCGCGCUCCGGCACCUUCCCGCGCCGAUCCCGGGGGCACCUGGUGCCGCCUGCUUCCCGCCCAGGGCCGCCCCAGCGCCGUGCUGAGCUCUCCCCGGCGUCGGGGCGAGAGGCGGUGAAGGCGGCUCCGCUCGGCUCCGCGCUCGGGCCGCCCCGAUCCCCCUCCGGGCUGGGCGGCGGAGCGCUGCGGUCUGCGCGGGGAGAGCAGCGGCAGGAAGAGGCGGCCUCGGCUGCCCCGGCUGCGGGCGGUCGCUGCCGGACGGCACCCUGCUUCACCUCCUUUUUAGAAGUGUUUUUUUUUCUAUUUUCAACUAAACCACACUAUUAUUUUUUUUCCUCCCUCAUUUUAAUUUUUAUUUUCACGCUAAACUAUCUGCUCCCCUCCUCUACUCUGCCUUUUCUUUUCGGACCAACUCUUACUUUCGCUCAACUCACCAGCAGCAGCGUGGGCAUCAUGUCCUUCAACCCCACCAUCAUGCCACCUGCGAACAGCUCUGCCAACGGGACUGCCAGCGGGGCAGAGGGCGGGAAGCCCCCCACCAUCCCCACCGUCAUGUUCAUCUUCGGCGUCGUGGGCAACCUCAUAGCCAUCGUGGUGCUCUGCAAGUCCAGGAAGGAGCAGAAGGAGACCACUUUCUACACGCUGGUCUGCGGGCUGGCAGUAACUGAUCUCUUGGGGACCUGCCUGGUGAGUCCAGUCACUAUUGCCACUUACCUGCAGAACCGCUGGCCAGGAGGAGAUGCACUGUGUGAGUACAGCUCCUUCAUCCUCCUCUUCUUUGGACUCUCUGGCCUCAGCAUUAUCUGUGCCAUGUCUAUAGAGAGGUACCUGGCCAUCAACCAUGCCUAUUUCUACAAUCAUUACGUAGACAAGAAGCUGGCGGGGCUCACGCUCUUUGCCAUCUAUGCUUCUAAUGUCCUGUUCUGUGCCCUCCCCAGCAUGGGACUUGGCAAAUCUACCUUGCAGUACCCUUACACUUGGUGUUUCAUAGACUGGCGAACAAAGAAGGCCACUCAUGCGGCAUAUUCCUACAUGUACGCCGGCUUCAGCUCCUUCCUAAUCAUGGUCACUGUCAUCUGCAACAUCCUGGUGUGUGUGGCCCUCAUUCGCAUGCACCGCCAGUUCAUGCGACGCACAUCCUUGGGGACAGACACCACCUCCAGCCGUUUAUCUGACUUUCGCAGACGCCGGAGCUUCCGUCGGAUGGCUGGAGCAGAGAUCCAGAUGGUUAUUCUGCUCAUUGCCACUUCCCUGGUGGUGGUCAUCUGCUCCAUUCCCCUGGUGGUCCGUGUCUUUGUGAACCAGCUGUACCAGCCAGAAUCAGUGAGGGACGUGAAGCAAAACCCUGACCUGCAAGCCAUCCGCAUUGCCUCAGUGAACCCUAUUUUGGACCCGUGGGUCUACAUUCUCCUCCGCAAGACUGUGCUCAGCAAAGCCAUUGAGAAGAUCAAAUGCCUCUUCUGCCGCAUCGGAGGGGCUCGGAGGCAGCACUCGGGUGGCAAUUUCAACUGCGUGGAUGGCCGCAGGACGUCCUCUGCCAUGUCAAGUCAGUCACCCUCCUUCAUCUCCCGUGAGCUGAGGGAGAUCAGCAGCACCUCACAAACGCUGCUCUACCCUCCGGAGCUGAGCGAAAGCAGCGCUGGGGGCCGCGUUCUGCUCCCAGGCCCCAGUGCCAGCUUGGCUCAGUCUGACACCACGUCAGUGAGGACUCUGCGUAGCUCAGAGACCUCAGACUCUUCACAGGGACAAGAGUCUGAGAGUGUCUUCCUGGUGAAUGAAAUCAGGUCUGGUGGCGGGGCCAGCUCUACAGCCAAGGGCAGCCCUCUGCAGGUCACCUUUCCCACAGAGACAUUGAAUUUAUCAGAAAAGUGUAUAUAAGAUAGCCGUGAAAGGCAUCAACCCUGGGGAUACUUACCAGUACAUUGGAAAAACUGGUGCAAUAGACAGGUGUUCUGCCUGUUUGAGGGGAGAAGGGUUCAGCUGUGCUCCAAAGGGCUAUUUUUCUCUUGCUGUGUGAUGGGUACAUUUCUUUUAGACUACUGAGGACUGUGUGGAACAGACACUGCACUUGGGCCCUGCCAUGAGAAAUGGUACCAGGCAGGUCUAAAGGGACUGGAAACAUGAACUGCUUUGUCUUGUUUGGGGACACAGGAGAGCUACUGAGCCUCCUGAAAUUGAAAGACCCAUCACUUUCUUUUUUUUCUUUCUUUCUUUCUUUCUUUCUUUCUUUCUUUCUUUCUUUCUUUCUUUCUUUCAUUCUUUCUUUCUUUCAUUCUUUCUUUGUUUUCCUUUCCAAAUCUGGUAGAACUGUGUUUUCUCUCCCCAUGGUUGCUCAGCUAUCAAGAGUUUAAGCUUCUGGUACUAGAGCUGAAUGUGAGGCAGCUGCUAGGAACUGGACACAGUUACUCCGACAGCUGCCUGGGGAUGGAUUUUAAAGUGUCUCACUAAAGUAUGAAAAUGUGAAUUUUUAUUGUUGUACAUAUAUAAGGAUUGAAAAUAUUUAAAAGUCUAUUCUUCUCUAUGAGAAGGUUUUCUAUUAAUACAAGGUAUAUAGAAACAAUUGCCAGCCUUCUCUUCCCCCAAUAUUUCCUGCUGAUAGGACAUUCUUGGUUUAGAUUUGUUGUCCAGGCUAGAUUCACAGCUGAUGUGAUUAUCUGGCUGAGAAUACAUAAGCACUUUCUGAGUGAAAUGGGUAUAUGCGCGCUAUUUAGAGAGAAAAAGAAAACACAUCGUUUCAGUUAAGAAUAUUCCUGUUCCGUAUAUGUACAUACUAAAAAGCCAGAUUUUAUUUAUGUGCUGAGAGUGUUUCUCUGUAUAACACAUCCGCGCCUCUGUGAGUACUCGGGCCCAUAUUCUGCACACACUUAGGCACACACAUCGCCCAUCAGAGUCCCUCUGCUGCCAGGGAGACUCCUGACUUGUAAAGCUGAGGACAUAUAGAAGUGCUUUCAAUAUCAGGGCCUAAAACUUUCAAUCCCUGGUUAAUAGUCUUAAUAUUCACUUUAGUUAAAGCAUCACUGAUGUAAUAAAGGUAUUUUUCAUAACAUUUAUCAUUUUACUUUAAAUAGUAAAUAGAAUUUUAUGAUUGUGUAAUCUGAUACUCCAUCAAAUAAAUGUACAAAGCCAUGGAGGCAGAAUCUUCAUUUAAAAGUAUAGGUUGUAUAGAAACAUAUCCUGGUCUUGCACCCCUAGAAAAUAAUUUGUUCCUAGAGUCUUAAUGGCAAACACAUCACCAAAAACAGCUGUUAACCACUGACAAAAAGGAGGUUUGUGUUUUAUGUUGUAAGGGUUAGAUCUUGUUGCAGAAACACUUUAUCAAAAUAAUUCUGUACAGAUAUUUGGAGGAUGUUUUGUCAAAUACUAAGCAUGUUAUGCUGCUUAAAGUGUUUUCAUGUGAAAUGCUUCAUUGUAAUUUUGAGCCUUAUGUUGAUAUGUUUAAGCAGUUAUACUGACCCAAGUAAUUUUGGAGAUCACAAUUAAAUGGAAAUGUUCUGCUUGA